AUGGAGUUGGCCCUGAGUGGCCUUAGAAGCAGCAAACUGGUCCGCUGGGCACUGUCGAGCAGAUCGGACCCCACGUCGGAAGGAGUUGGGAAGGCCUGCUUCAAGAUGCAGACUGACGUAAGCGUCCUGACCACGCUGGAACGAAGGUUCAACCUCCAGAGUGCUGACGUGGGAGUGAUUGCCAGUAGCUUCGAGAUUGGGAACUUGGCCCUCAUCCUGUUUGUGAGCUACUUUGGUGCCCGGGGACACAGGCCGCGUCUGAUUGGCUGUGGUGGGAUCGUGAUGGCCCUGGGAGCCCUCCUCUCGGCUCUCCCCGAAUUCCUGACCCACCAGUACGAAUACGAAUCCGGGGAGAUUCGGUGGGGGGCCGAAGGGAGGGACGUGUGUGUGGUCAACGGGUCGACCAGCGACGAGGGACCGGACCCGGAGCUCAUCUGCAGGAACCGGACCGCUACGAACAUGAUGUACUUGCUCCUCAUUGGAGCGCAGGUCCUCCUAGGGAUCGGUGCUACCCCUGUGCAACCUCUCGGAGUUUCCUACAUCGAUGACCACGUGAGGCGGAAAGAUUCUUCCCUGUACAUAGGGAUCUUGUUUACAAUGCUGGUGUUCGGGCCAGCCUGCGGUUUCAUCUUGGGCUCGUUCUGUACCAAAAUCUACGUGGAUGCUGUCUUCAUCGACACAAGUAAGCUGGACAUCACCCCCGAUGACCCGCGGUGGAUCGGCGCAUGGUGGGCGGGCUUCCUCCUCUGCGGUGCCUUGCUCUUCUUCUCCUCCCUCCUGAUGUUUGGCUUCCCGCAGUCCCUGACCCGCCGGCCGGAGCACCUGGCCGAGGCCGAGGAAGCCAUGCUCACGGACCAGGACUACGAAAGGCCCAAGCCGAGCAACGGGGUCCUCCGCCAACACUCCCUGGAUGCGGAGGACGGCAGCUCUUGUCUCCAGCAGCUGAGAGUGAUCCCGAAAGUAACCAAGCACUUGCUCUCCAACCCCGUAUUCACCUGCAUCGUCCUGGCUGCGUGCAUGGAGAUCGCCGUGGUCGCCGGCUUUGCAGCCUUCCUCGGGAAAUAUCUGGAACAGCAAUUCAAUCUCACAACGUCGUCGGCUAAUCAGCUGCUGGGCAUGACAGCGAUUCCAUGCGCCUGUCUGGGCAUCUUCCUGGGGGGCCUCUUGGUCAAGAAGCUGAGCCUCUCUGCCCUCGGAGCCAUCAGGAUGGCCAUGCUCGUCAACCUGGUGUCCACGGCAUGCUACGUCUCUUUCCUCUUCCUGGGCUGCGACACGGGGCCCGUGGCUGGCGUUACUGUUCCCUAUGGAAACACCUCUGCGCCAGCCUCGGCCUUGGCCCCAACUACCGCCUGCAAUAAGGACUGUAAAUGCCAAACUGAUUCCUUCACUCCAGUCUGUGGGGCCGACGGGAUCACCUACUUAUCCGCCUGCUUUGCUGGCUGCACUAGCACGGUAAUCCCGGAUCCCCUCUCCCCUACUCUCUAG